AUGUCAUGUAAAAUAAAUGCAAUAAAAUACAAGCGCCAAGAUGCCUCAGAAGUAUCUUCUAGAUUGCACAAUCAAAACGAAUUGAACCUACACAACAUCUCACAAUGUAAAGUUAAUUAUCUUAACGCUUCAGGCAUACCUCGAUUGGGAAAAUUAUUAAGAACUAAGGUUGACAGUAAAUAUUAUGAAGAAAAGGUUUCGAAGGAUUAUUCUCACAAUGGUAUGAGAAUAAACAUUUAA